GAAACAUCCCACUUGCCUCGUUAAACCCGAAGAUCUUUAUUGAUUCGACGCCGUUCAAUACUUCGAUUAUUCUUUACUAUUAAUCUGGACCUUUCAUAAGAAGAAACAGUUUGAUUCUGAAAAAGGGCAGACAAACAGUCAGAUUACAGUUUGCACAAGGCUCAUCACGUAAAUACGGGUACAUAAGAUUGACUCUGUCGGCGAGGUUCUAGGUGACUCAUGCCGGUACCUGCCAAACAAUUCUCACCUGAGGUUGUAACUUCCAACGUCCAAAAAUCCCAACCCACCAACCCACCAACCCGCCCUUACCAACUCGUUUAUACCUUAAAUAAACACAAACUCUACUACUUUAUUCCCCCAGCCUAGCACGCCUUCUUCACUUCCUCGUCCUCCCUUCACCAGAUAAUUAAAAACAAGGUGCCGCAGGAUACAGGAAUACCUUGUAUUUGCUUGGAACCGAGCUCACUUUAACACGACCCACCAAUCACGCUCAUUAUUAUUCCCAAUCACUAUUCAGCACAGGUACUACCACCAAUCGACUAUGGAGAACUCCGGUGUUCCCUACCGCGACCAGGACCCUCAGGAGAUAUCGCAGCUGGUUCGGGGUUUAGGAAAUAACAAAGUCAACAAGGGCUUCAAAGCAAAGAAAAAUACCUUCCCCGUUAAGGGAUCCCCCGACAAGAUUCAAGUCGACUCUUGGCGUCUUCAUGAUUGGGAUUACAAGAAACCAAAUCUACCUACUUAUGCUCGAGGACUUUUCACAACAAAGAACCGUCGGGGCGACCACGAGAUUGCAGUUAGAGGUUACGACAAGUUCUUCAACGUCGAUGAGGUUCCGGAAACGAAAUGGGAUAAGAUUUUCAAGAAUACGAAAGGUCCAUACGAACUAACUCUAAAGGAAAAUGGUUGUAUCAUUUUCAUUAGCGGCCUCGAGGACGGUACCCUACUUGUUUGCAGCAAGCAUUCUACCGGAGACCGCAGCGACAUCCAAGUUAGCCAUGCUAGCGCUGGUGAGGGAUGGGUAGACAAGCAAUUGGCCACCAUCGGCAAGACGAGAGAAGAGUUCGCUCAAGAAUUACGGCGAAGAAAUGUAACUGCUGUAGCUGAGCUUUGUGACGAUUCGUUCGAGGAACAUAUCUUGGCGUAUGGCCCCGAUAAAGCUGGACUUUACUUACACGGCAUCAACAUCAACGUUCCUGAGUUCAUGACGUACCCUAGCAACCUUGUCCAGCAAUUUGCCGAUGAGUGGGGUUUCCGUAAGGUCGGGCUCCAAUCCUAUGACGAUGUCCAAGCUGUCAAAUCCUUCUUAGAGGGUGUUGCGGAGUCGGGUGCGCAUGAAGGUCGAGACGUUGAGGGAUUCGUCAUUCGCUGCAAGAUGACCAAAUCACCGGGAAACCUCCCAUACGACGACUGGUUCUUCAAGUAUAAAUUUGAAGAGCCAUAUUUAUUGUAUCGACAAUGGAGAGAAUGUACCAAAGCUUUAAUCUCCGGCAAGCCUCCGAAAUUCAAGAAGCAUGUGAAGAUUACCGAAGAGUACCUAUUGUACGCACGCAAGAGACUCGCAGCGGAUCCCAGAUUAGGCAAGGCUUACAAUCAAAAUCACGGCAUCAUUUCCCUUCGAGAUGAUUUCCUCAAGUUCAAGAACAUGAAAGGCUCAGACGCAGCUAACCUUGAGAACGAGUUCGGAGGUAACGAUUCAGCUUCUGUUACACGAGAUAUUGUCCUUGUUCCUAUCGCAACAAUCGGCUGUGGCAAGACCACGGUCGGCAUCGCUCUGACACAUCUUUUCGGUUGGGGCAUCAUCCAAAACGAUAAUAUUCAAGGCAAGCAACGACCUCUUAAAAUGGUCCAAGGUAUUAUGUCCCUUCUCAUGGAACACCCUGUCGUCAUAGCGGACCGAAACAACUCGGAACGUCGAGAACGAGAACAGAUUAUCAAAGACGUCAAGCUUCAACAUCAAGAUGCGCGGCUAGUUGCUCUUAACUUCGCCCAUAGGGACAUUGAUGUGAUUCGUAGAGUAACUAGGGAGCGUGUAGUUAACCGAGGAGACAAUCACCAGACUAUACAAGCUGCUUCUGAUGAGGCUAAGGUUAUUGGAAUUAUGGAGAACUUCAUCCAGAGAUUCCAGCCUUGCGACCCCGAAAGCCGCCCCGACGACGGCUUCGAUCUAGUCAUCGACCUGGACCCUACCCAAGAUAGCCGCGCUAAUGUUGAGACGGUGGUGAUGGAGUUGCACCGCAAAUACCCAUCCCUAAUCACCAAUGUCCCCAGUGACGAAGAUAUGGACGAAGCAGUCAAGGCUGCUAUCGAGAACUACAAGCCUGACUUAAGACACACAAUUCCCGAUCGAAGCCGACAACUGAAUAAGAAGCAAGGCCAACAAGCGAAACUUCAGGAGGCACAGCCGCCUAAGAAGAAACCCCUGGAGUACAUGUCCGUCUCUGUCCCCGCCAAAGAUAUCAGUGUGGCUCUCGAGUCCGCCUUCAAGAACACAGAUGCGAUGACACAACGGUUCUACAAACAAUUACAACAAACCCGACGUAUCCAACCUCUCUUCCACGUUACGCUGAUGCACCGUAGUGCAUCCGGGGACCACCCAGAGUUGUGGCAGCGUUAUAAAACGCUCGAAGCCGAGAGUCAGAACCAGGAUGGAAAGCUUGGCGAGUGUACUGUUCAACUCGAGCGUGUCAUUUACGACGACCGCAUCAUGGCUAUUGUUGUGCGUCUGGUUAGUGAAGCUGAGAACGAAACAUGGACUUGCGUCAACAAAGUACCGCAUAUCACAAUCGGCACACGCGAUGACGGAGUCAAACCUAAGGAGAGCAAUGAUCUGCUCGCUCGAUGGCUCGAAGUGGGCAGUGGAGGCGAGACCGGCAUUGGCGAGCGGGUUCUCACCCCUCAGAUCACUGUGAAAGGUACGGUCCGCGGCGUGCUAUCGAGAUAGGAAGCUAGAGAGCCGAAAGCUGCCAAACUUCGGAGGGAACCCCAGAGUGAUAGGGUUAAGAAGAGAGGUAGAGGUCGACGCUCUAAAAGGGCUAAGAAAGGUAGCCCAGUAAGCGAGGAGAACAGGGGAGGAGGUAGAAGUGACCUGCUGAAGUUUAUAGAGGUCCAGGACAGGAUCUUAUCAACAAUAUUCGCGUUAAGAGGCGAAGCAUGAACCUUAGGAGUCGAGUAAAGAGAGAUAGUACUCUCACCUGGUUUAGUCAAGCCGGACCGAGUUAUCUACGCCGCCUUUCUAUGUACCUAAAAACUCAAUAAAAACAAAAUAUUAAUUACUAAAA